AUGCACUUGGUUAUUGAAGUAAUAUUCCUAUUAUUUCAAGUUCUGCUCGAAUAUGCCACGUCUUUCUGUCGACUAUUUUACCGCGGAAAACCGAAAUCGGUGGAGGGGCAAGUCGUUUUGGUAACUGGAGCUGGAAGCGGACUCGGUCGACUUAUUUCCCUGAAACUCGCCAAAAGAGGAGCAAUUGUUAUCGGAUGGGACAUCGACGAAAACGGUCUUAAAGAGACUCAAAAAAGGGUUGCUUCUCUCUUUGAAGACAACAGAAAUUGUACAGAAAUUAAUCAGUUCAGUUAUGCGAAAGUCGACAUAACAGACCGUCGUCAGGUCUACACCGAGGCUGAAAAAAUCGGCAAAGCGGUUGAUAUUCUGAUCAACAAUGCCGGAAUCGUGACCAAAAACAACUUUCUUUGCGAGAAAGAUGACAUUGGAAUUGUGAAAACAUUCGAAGUGAACAUUAUAUCACACUUCUGGACUGUCAAGGCUUUUUUGCCCAAAAUGAUGGAACAAAAUAGAGGCCACAUUGUUACGAUUGCGAGCGUUGCUGGGUUCUCUGGAUCGCCCAGAAUAACCGACUACGCCGCGAGUAAGUUCGCGGCAGCCGGGUUUCACGAGACUCUUGUCCUUGAACUUAGAUGUCAAGGGUUCAAGGAUACCAUCAUUGGAACCCUGGUAUGCCCUUACGUCGUAGACACCGGAAUGUUUGAAGGAACGAAUAAAAACAAACUAGAUUUCCUAGUGCCAAUAUUGAAACAAGAUUACGUCGUGUCCAAAAUUGAAGAGGGUAUUCUUUACAACUAUUCAAACGUGAUAAUACCCAAAUUGUGUUCAGCAUUUGGGGCUGCAAAAUUCUUGUUACCAGCUGAAGGCUGGGCUAAAGUUGUAGAGGGAUUUGGUGGGCAAACAUUGUUCAAAGACUUGGUUGGUAGGUAA